AUGAAGAGCCUUAAAAAUGUCUCAAUAACUGCUCUUCAGAUGAGGUUUAUCACGACUUCCCCAUAUUUAUCAGGUGAUAGUCAGAUAACUAUCAUGAAAUCAACGUUUUCCAGAUCAUUUCACCCGAUAUUUUAUAACAUUAAUUCAAUUAAAGCUCAGAAAUCCACAUUCAACAGAUUUUUAUCAUCAGUUGUUUAUUGUAAUAAAGAAUAUAAAUACAUUUCUUCGGCAUUUACAGAAUCAAAAACAUAUGAUACAACUGAUUCAUACCAAUUCGAUUGUUGUAAGUUUUCUGGCAUCACUGGAUCACCAUGUCUUGUUCUAAAUAAUCCAGAAAUGACUGUUAGAGUCAGAAAAACUACAAUUCAACAAUGCACAUCAACAGUAGGAACAAUAACAUUAAAUACAAGAAAUACUAUCUUCGAUGGACUCCAGAUGUCAGAUUCUAAAUCUCCAGUUGGCGGAUUUUUUGCCGCAAAUCAACAAUCAAGAUAUGGCGGAGUUUCAUGCUUAUCAUGCACAUUUGUAGGCUCAGAAUAUACAGAUACAACCUCUCGCGACCCAUUUUACAUUAAUACUUCAUCCUGUGUUUUGGAAUUUACAAAUAUAACUUCAAAUAAAAUCAAAACUUGGGGAGCUGUAUUUGGAAUAUCAGCUCCCGAUUAUUUCUGUCUCAAAAACUGCUACGUUAAUAGUUGCGAAGGUAGAUGUAUUUUAUGGUCACAAUAUACUAAGUCCUGUACCGUAGUUUCCUCGACGUUCGGUAGGGUAUCAAUUUUAGAUGGCUCAGGCAAUGCUAUUUUUUGGGCUUCCACUAAAAUGAUUUUCAAAAAUUCAUAUAUCUCUCCAACUUCACAAUCUACCAUUGUUAACCUUCAAUCUGGCGAUGGGUCAUUUUAUUUCUCCUCUUGCUCGUUCACUACAUCCGAUAGUGGCACAAAUUCAGGAACAUCAAAUCAAUUUGGCGCUCCUUCCAAAGGAGAAACGCAAAUAACAUUUGCUCUCUACGAGAAUUGCGAAGGCAUCCCUGCAACACCUCCUCCCACCCCUAAAAUAACCCCGCAAGAGACACUUGUCCCUACAAAAUCUCCUGACACUCCAGAACCAACGCAAUCGCCCGUAGAAACUCCAAGCCCGUCACAAUCUGCGGUUCCUCCUGAGCGAACUGUAUCUGCUACUCCAUGGCCUUCACCUAUUUAUGAAGAAGCAUUUGGAUUUUCAGCUUUGGCCGCAUUUGUUAUUUGUAUCAUUGUUUUCUUCAUUGUUUUCAUUUACAGAGAGUUGCUGGAGAAGUCAUCUUCAGCCACAAUUGAUGAAACAGAGAGAGUUCCGUUUGUUUUAAACAAGAGAUCCUCAUCUUCUGAAAGACGUGGUAAUUAUUUCUCUCUGAGCUCUGGAGAUGAUUCAGACUAA